AUGUGGCCGCUGCUGCUGCUGCCGGUGGCCGUGGCCGUGCUGGCCGUGGCCCGCGUGGCCCAUCGGCUGCUGGCCCCGUCCCGCAGCCCCUUCGCGGGGCCGCCCCCGGAGCCGCCGCGGCCGCUGGUGACGGACCAGAGAGCCCGGGACAGGGUGCUGAGGCGGGUGUCGCUCUGUCCGUCUGUCCGCCCGCCCCGCGGCUGUGCAGCUGUCGCUGUCGCUGUCCCAGGGUUCAGCGCCCGGCGCGUGCCGGCCCAGCUGGACGCCGUGGUCAUCGGCAGCGGCGUGGGCGGCCUGGCGGCGGCGGCCGCGCUGGCCAGGGCGGGCCGGAGGGUGCUGGUGCUGGAGCAGCACGACCAGGCCGGGGGGUGCUGCCACACCUUCCGGCAGCACGGCGUGGAGUUCGACGUGGGCAUCCACUACGUGGGGCAGCUGCACGAGGGGAGCCUCCUGCGGGUGGCGCUGGACCAGGUGACAGACGGGCAGCUGUGCUGGCACCGCCUGCCCGACCCCUACGACGAGGUGACACUGGGACCCCGGCGCUACGUGCUGCGCUCCGGCAAGGUGGCCUUUGUCACCGCGCUGGAGGAGCAGUUCCCCGCGGAGAAAGCGGCCAUCAGGGAGUUCAUGAAACUCUCCAAGGUGGCCUCGCGGCACGCGGCGCUGCUGGCCCUGCUGAAGCUGUCGCCGCGCUGGCUUGUCGCCCUCCUGCUGCGCUCGGGGCUCCUGCCGCGCCUGUCGCCCGUGUUCCGCAUGGCCACCACCAGCCACAGCCAGGCCGCCGCCCGCCUCACCUCCGACCCCGACCUGCGCGCCCUCUUCGGAUACCUCUUCUACGGCACGGCCCCGCGGGACUCGAGCUUCCUGGUGAACGUGCUGAUGGUUCACCACUACCAGCGCGGGGCCUGGUACCCGCGGGGGGGGGCGAGCGAGAUCGCGUUCCACGCCGUGCCCGUCAUCGAGCGCGCGGGGGGCGCCGUGCUCGUGCGCGCCCCCGUCACGCGCGUGCUCGUCAGCGCCACCGGCACCGCCCUGGGUGUCGCGGUGCGGGUGGGCCCCGGGAACGAGGAGCUGCAGAUCCGCGCCCCCCUCGUCAUCUCCGACGCCGGCGUGUUCAACACCUUCGAGAAGCUUCUGCCGCCUCACGUCCGCAGCCACCCCGGUGUCCGCUCCCGCCUGGCCGUGCUCCGGCCGGGCAUGGGCUCCUUCCUGGUGUUCGUGGGGCUGCGGGGCAGCGCGGCCGAGCUGGGGCUGCCCCCCACCAACUUCUGGAUCUACCCCCACAACGACCUGGAUGCCAUGAUGACCCGGUACGCCGCCCUGAGCCGCGAUGAGGUCCCCGAGAACUUGGCCAUGAUGUUCGUCACCUUCCCCGCCGCCAAGGACCCCACGUACGAGCAGCGACACCCAGGCAGGUCCUGCAUGACCAUCCUGACCAUGGCGCGCUACGAGUGGUUCGAGGAGUGGGCCGGGAGCCGCCCCCGGCAGCGCGGCCCCGACUACGAGCGCUACAAGACGGACAUCGCCCAGCGGCUGCUGGAGCGGGCGCUGCUGCGCUUCCCGCACCUGCGCGACAAGGUGGCGUUCGUGGAGGCGGCGACGCCGCUGAGCAACCAGCACUACCUGGGGGCGGCGCGGGGGGCGAUGUACGGCACCGAGCACGACCUGCGCCGCUUCAGCCCCGCCGCGGUGGCGGCCCUGAGGCCCGACACGCCCGUCAGGAACCUCUACCUGACCGGUGAGUCCCGUGUCCCCGCGUCCCCGUGUCCCCGCUGCCAGCGCCGGGCUCUGCGCUGUCCCCGCGCUCGCCCUGCAGCGGCUGCUUGUGGCCACAUCCCCGGCGGGGGUGGCUCUGUCGCUCCCCGGGGUGGCUCUGUCUCUCCCCGGGGUGGCUCUGUCGCGCCCUGGGGUGGCUCUGUCUCUCCCCGGGGGCAGGACGUGUUCUCCUGCGGGCUGGCGGGGGCCGUGCACGGGGGGCUGCUCUGCGCCUCGGCCAUCCUGGGCCGCCUGCUCUACCUGGACCUGCUGCUCCUCAAGAGGAAAAUCAAGCGGCGGCAGGGCCGGCACACGGCGUGA